GGUCCCUGCCCGCGCCCCCGGCAGUGCCCUGGCCGCAGAGCCGCCGCUGCCGCCCGAUGAAUGGAGUCGCCUUCUGCCUGGUCGGGAUCCCGCCCCGCCCGGAGCCCCGGCCCCCUCAGCUGCCGCUGGGCCCGAGAGAUGGGUGCUCCCCUGGGCGCCCCCUCCCCUGGCAGGGGCCGCGGACACUGCUGCUGUGCAAAAGUCUCCAGGACGGCUUUGGCUUCACCCUGCGCCACUUCAUUGUGUACCCCCCUGAGUCAGCCGUGCACUGCAGCCUGAAGGAGGAAGAGAAUGGAGGCCGAGGAGGAGGACCCUCCCCCCGGCACCACCGCCUGGAGCCCAUGGAUACCAUCUUUGUCAAGAAUGUGAAGGAUGAUGGCCCCGCCCAUAGAGCGGGCCUUCGCACCGGAGACCGGCUGGUGAAGGUGAACGGGGAGAGCGUCAUUGGGAAGACCUACUCCCAGGUCAUAGCUCUGAUCCAGAAUAGCGAUGAUACCCUGGAGCUCUCCAUCAUGCCCAAGGACGAGGACAUCCUCCAGCUGGCCUACUCCCAGGAUGCCUACCUGAAGGGGAACGAGCCGUAUUCUGGAGAGGCCCGGAGUAUCCCAGAGCCGCCUCCGAUCUGCUACCCUCGCAAGACUUACGCCCCGCCAGCCCGGGUCUCCACCUGGGCCACUAUGGUGCCUGAGCCCCUCUCAGCACUGCCCAGUGACCCCCGGAGUCCUGCCGCCUGGAGUGACCCGGGGCCCCGCGUCCCUUCUGCCACCCGUACCCAUCCGGACAACUCUUCCUUGGGGAUGAGCCAGCCCCGCCCCAGCCCUGGUGCCUUCCCCCGCCUCCCCUCGGAGCCCCGGACGCCCCGUGCCUUUCCUGAGCCUGGCAGCCGGGUGCCCCCCAGCAGACUGGAGUGCCAGCAGGCUUUGUCACACUGGCUGUCAAACCAGGUACCCCGCAGGGCGGGGGAGAGACGGUGUCCUGCCAUGCCCCCCCGGGCCCGCAGUGCCUCCCAGGACCGGUUGGAGGAUGUGACUGCCCACCGCCCAUGGCCCUGCUCCACCUCCCAGGGUGCCUUGAGCCAGUUGGGUCAGGAGGGCUGGCACCGAGCUCGCUCAGACGACUACUUGAGCCGGGCCACCCGCUCAGCCGAGGCGCUGGGUCCAGGAGCACUGGUGUCACCCCGUUUCGAGCGCUGUGGCUGGGCUUCCCAGCGUCCGUCUGCCCGCACCCCUGCCUGCCCACCCAGGGACCUUCCUGCGCCCCAGGCCCCACCCCCGCCUGGUCUGCAAGGCCUGGAUGACAUCGGCUACAUCGGGUACCGGAGCUACAGCCCAUCAUUCCAGCGCCGGACUGGCCUCUUGCACGCGCUCUCCUUCCGGGACUCACCCUUCGGGGGGCUACCCACCUUCAACUUGGCUCAGUCCCCUGCAUCGUUCCCGCUGGAGGCCUCCGAACCACCCAGGGUUGUGCGCCCAGAACCCAGCACCCGGGCUCUGGAGCCCGCCACCGAGGAUCGCCGCGACGAGGUGGUCCUGAGGCAAAAGCCUCCCACGGGCCGGAAGGUCCAGCUGCCCUCCGCAAGACAGAUGAACCUUGGGUUUGGUGAAGAGUCCCCAGAGCCAGAGUCCAGUGGGCGAGUGGAACGCCUGGGCAGGAAGGUGGCCCCUUUGGCCACUACUGAAGACUCUCUGGCUUCUAUCCCCUUCAUUGAUGAACCCACCAGCCCCAGCAUUGACCUCCAAGCCAAGCAUGUCCCUGCCUCCGCUGUGGUCUCCAGCGCCAUGAACUCAGCCCCCGUCCUGGGCACCAGUCCAUCCUCCCCAACCUUCACCUUUGCCCUUGGCCGCCAUUACUCCCAGGACUGCAGUAGCCUCAAGGCCGGCCGCCGCUCCUCCUACCUGCUGGCCAUCACCACAGAGCGCUCCAAGUCCUGUGACGAUGGGCUCAACACCUUCCGGGAAGAGGGCAGGGCUCUGAGGCGCCUGCCAAACCGAGUACCCAGCCUGCGGAUGCUGCGAAGCUUCUUCACUGAUGGGUCCUUGGAUAGCUGGGGUACUUCCGAAGAUGCUGAUGUUCCUUCUAAGCGACACUCAACCUCUGACCUCUCGGACGCAACCUUCAGCGAUAUCAGGAGAGAAGGCUGGUUGUGUUAUAAGCAGGUCCUCACCAAGAAGGGGAAGAAAGCGGGCGGCGGCCUGCGCCAGUGGAAGCGGGUCUACGCCGCGCUGCGGGCGCGCUCCCUCUUGCUGAGCAAGGAGCGGCGGGAGCCCGGGCCGGCGGCGGCGGCGGGGGCGGCGGCGGCCGUCGCAGGUGAGGACGAGGCGGCGCCCGUCUGCAUCGGCUCCUGCCUGGUGGACAUCUCCUACAGCGAGACCAAGAGGAGGCACGUGUUCCGGCUGACCACCGCUGACUUCUGUGAAUAUCUCUUUCAGGCUGAGGACCGGGAUGACAUGCUGGGCUGGAUCAGAGCGAUCCGAGAGAACAGCAGGGCCGAGGGCGAGGACCCCGGCUGUGCCAACCAAGCUCUGAUCAGCAAGAAGCUUAAUGAUUAUCGCAAAGUAAGCCAUAGCUCUGGGCCCAAAGCUGACUCCUCCCCCAAAGUCUCUCGUGGCCUGGGGGGCCUCAAGUCUGAGUUCCUCAAACAGAGUACCGCACGUGGCUUCAGGACUCAGGACCAGUCAGCAGGGAGCAAGGAUGACAGUGCUGCCACUCCCAAAACCCCAUGGGGCAUCAACAUCAUCAAGAAGAACAAGAAGGCAGCUCCUAGGGCGUUUGGGGUCCGACUGGAGGAGUGCCAACCAGCCAUAGAGAACCAGCGGGUCCCCUUGAUCGUGGCUGCGUGCUGUCGCAUCGUGGAGGCACGGGGUCUGGAGUCCACGGGCAUUUACCGAGUGCCUGGUAACAAUGCAGUGGUGUCCAGCCUGCAGGAGCAGCUCAACCGUGGGCCCGGGGACAUCAACCUACAGGAUGAGCGCUGGCAGGACCUCAAUGUGAUCAGCAGCCUGCUCAAGUCCUUCUUCCGAAAACUGCCUGAGCCUCUUUUCACCGACGACAAAUACAAUGACUUCAUUGAGGCCAAUCGCAUCGAAGACUCGAGGGAGCGGAUGAAGACACUCCGGAAGCUGAUCCGGGAUCUCCCAGGACACUACUAUGAGACUCUCAAAUUCCUCGUGGGCCAUCUGAAGACCAUUGCUGACCACUCGGAGAAAAACAAGAUGGAGCCCAGGAACCUGGCCCUGGUCUUCGGGCCGACGCUGGUGAGGACGUCUGAGGACAACAUGGCGGACAUGGUGACCCACAUGCCUGAUCGCUAUAAGAUCGUGGAGACGCUGAUCCAGCACUCAGACUGGUUCUUCAGCGAUGACGAGGACAAGGGAGAGAGAACUCCUGUGGAUGACAAGGAGCCUCAGUCAGUGCCCAACAUUGAGUACCUCCUGCCUAACAUUGGCAGGACAGUGCCCCCUGGUGACCCAGGUUCAGAUUCUACCACCUGCAGUCCAGCCAAGUCCAAGGGCUCGUGGGCCCCCAAGAAGGAGCCGUACGCCCGGGAGAUGCUGGCGAUCUCCUUCAUCUCGGCGGUCAACCGCAAGCGGAAGAAGCGGCGGGAGGCGCGGGGACUGGGCAGCAGCACCGACGACGACUCGGAGCAGGAGGCGCACAAGCCCGAGGCGGGGGCGCCGGCGCCUGGGGCGCGGGACCAGCCGGAGGGGCCGCUGCCGGGCGCAGCCGCCUCCGAGGCCCCGGGGCGCCUCAGCCCCCCGGCGGCGCCGGACGAGCGACCGGCCGCGGACACGCGCUCCAUCGUCUCGGGCUACUCCACCCUGUCCACCAUGGACCGCAGCGUGUGCUCGGGCGCCGGGGGCCGGCGGCCGGGCGCGGGGGACGAGGCGGACGACGAGCGGAGCGAGCUGAGCCACGUGGAGACGGACACGGAGGCCGGCGCGGGGCCCGGGGGGCCGGCGGCCGCGGCGGUGGCGGUGCUGGGCUCGCGGCCGUCACGCAUCGAGGCUCUGCGGCUGCGCCUCCGCGGCACCGCCGACGAUAUGCUCGCCGUGCGGCUGCGGCGGCCGCUGUCGCCGGAGACGCGGCGGCGCCGGAGCAGCUGGCGGCGCCACACGGUGGUGGUGCAGAGCCCGCUGACCGACCUCAACUUCAACGAGUGGAAGGAGCUGGGCGGGGGCGGCGCCCCGGAGCCCGCGGGCCCUCGGGCGCACAGCGACAACAAGGACUCGGGCCUCAGCAGCCUGGAGUCCACCAAGGCCCGGGCGCCGUCGUCCGCGGCCUCGCUGCCGCCCGGGGACCCGGGGGCCCUGCAGAGCCAGCCCCCGCGCCGCUCGGCCGCCUCCCGCCUCCAUCAGUGUCUGUGACCAGCCCCCCGCCCCGCGCCGGUCCCUCUACCCCAGUCUUCUCUGGCUUGCGCCCCCUCUCUUGUCCCCGGUGCAUCGGUGCCUCUGGCGCUGCAGGCCGCGUCUCUAGUUUGUGUGCGGGGUCGGUAGGGGGCGGGCAGACGAGAAGGCCCCGGCUGGGACAGAGA